AGAGGAGUCGCCCCCUGGUGGACAAUAGAGAGAAUGCAGCUUUAACACGUGAAGCUUUGGCUUCACUUUUCAGAGUUUGCCGCCUGGCUCAAACCACAUUUGGAGAUGAUGAUGAUGGUAGUAAUUAAGGACUGAGCCUUCUCCCUUCCUUCCCAUUUCUGUUGAGUUGGACAUGAGAAGACCGAGUUUAUGAGCUGAAGCGCAAACAAGCAUUUCAAUUAUCCUGGAAGCAAGAGUUUAGUUGGGUGAUGUAAGAGAGGAUGUGCAGCGUGUGUUACUCACCUAGAGAGGUGAUCCACAACUGCUCGUAAAAUGAUGGAAUGACUUCCUUUUCGCAGCGAUUAAGGAUAUGAAAGCCAUCUAACCCUCGUCUCUCCUCAAAGCCAAAAGCCACAAUCUGCUGCAGUUUGUCCUCUUUAAGUGAACUAAUAAACGUACAAAUGGAACACGGAGGAUUUGCGUCGCUGCCUUCAGUCUUGUUUAAAAACAUUUUGUUUUUUUGCAAACAGAAAUAUUAUACGUGUUUAUUUUGCAUUCAGAGCGUUCACUGACGAGGUGUGAACUGACCUACUUUGAGCGGUUCACUUCAGAUCCGGGUCACCCAAAGACGAUGUUAGUGCCAGAUGUGAACAGAGCCUAAUAUGUGCUCAACAAGUUAUCCAACUCCACACUCCUGAUCAUAAUCAAUAUCUACAGUAUGUCACCCAGAAAACUUCUGGUCUGUAUUCGACAAGUUGAAGUGUUUAACGUGUGCAUUAAAAGAUCAAUGAAUGUAAUGUUUGUAUGUCGUUGUUUUCCCCAGUUAAUAAGCUCUAUGAGCUCAAUAGCAGAACACUGUUUGCCCUCCCUACUGCGCACGCUGUUCGACUGGUACCGGCGGCAGAGCGGCACCGAGGACGAGUCCUACGAGUACCGGCCUCGCUCCAGUACCAAGUCCAAAGGAGACGAACAGCACCGGGAUAAAGAUUACCUUCUGGAACGGAGGGACUUAUCCAUAGACUUCAUUUUUUGUUUAGUUUCAGUGGAAGUUCUGAAACAGAUUCCUCUUCAUCCAGUGCCAGAUGUUCUAGUACACGAAGUCCUAAACCUGGCAUUCAAGCACUUUAAACACAAAGAGGGGUACUGUGGCCCAAACACUGGCAACGUGCACAUCAUCGCAGACCUGUAUGCUGAGGUCAUCGGAAUCCUGACGCAGUCAAAGUAAGCUGGCUGAAUAGUAACUUCACACAUUUUGUCAUUAGUUUAGAUAUGUAUAUGUAUGUGUAUGUGUAUGUAUGUGUGUGUAUAUAUAUAUAUAUGUAU